UCCACUCUCACUCAGUCCACAGAGCUCGCCAAGUUAGGUUAUUUUAUGGAAUAUAGCUACCGUAAUACCCGGAGCGGAGCCGCACCAGCCCUUCUACUUUUUACCGCUCAUUUAGUGCUGAGAAAUUGGGCCACAUUUACUUUUUAAAGGCCACUCACAGCUGCUCUGGGGGGGCGGAGUGUGUAGAAAGUGCUGCUCCGAUUGGGGCGCUCGAUCGGGGGAAGAGAGAUGGCGUGCUUGUUGGAGGCCCCUCUCCGCAUCAGCGUGCUGUCUGAGGUCACUGCCACCAGUCGCCAUUAUGUUGACCGGCUGUUCGACCCCGACCCACAGAAAGUGCUGCAGGGAGUCAUUGACAUGAAGAAUGCCGUCAUUGGAAACAACAAGCAGAAAGCCAACCUGAUUGUUCUGGGAGCCGUUCCCAGGUUAUUAUACCUUCUCCAGCAGGGUUCGUCCAGUCCGGAGCUGCGGACAGAAUGUGCCGUGGUGCUGGGCAGCUUAGCAAUGGGCACUGAGAACAACAUCAAGUCCCUGGUGGACUGUCACAUCAUCCCUGCCCUGCUCCAAGGUCUCCUGUAUCCAGACCUAAUCUUCAUCGAAGCGUGUCUCCGAUGUCUCAGAACAGUCUUCAUCAGUCCAGUCACCCCUGUGCAGCUGCUCUACACUGACCCCACUGUGAUCCCCCAUCUAAUGUCUCUACUCAGCCGCUCACAGAGGACCCAGGAGUACAUCACACAGAUCUUCUCCCACUGUUGUAAGACUCCAGAGCACCAAACGGUUCUUUUCAACUACGGUGCCAUCCAGAACAUUGCUCCUCUACUUAUCUCUCCCUCUUAUAAGGUCCGGAUGCAGGCGUUAAAGUGUUUCUCAGUCCUGGCCUAUGAGAACACUCAGGUCUCCAUGACACUGGUGAAUGUGCUGGUGGAUGGCGAGCUGCUCUCUCAGGUAUUUGUCAGAAUGAUGCAAAGGGAUCAGCCCAUUGAAAUGCAGCUAACAGCAGCCAAAUGUUUAACCUACAUGUGUCGAGCGGGCGCCAUCAGGACGGACGACAGCUGCAUAGUUCUAAAGACCUUGCCGUGCCUGGUGCGGAUGUGCAGUAAGGAGCGGCUGCUGGAGGAGCGGGUGGAGGGGGCUGAGACCCUGGCCUACCUGAUGGAGCCCGACGUGGAGCUGCAGAGGAUCGCCAGCACCACUGACCACCUGGUGGCCAUGUUGGCCGACUACUUCAAAUACCCCAGCUCUGUCUCCGCCAUCACUGAUAUCAAGAGGCUCGACCAUGACCUGAAGCACGCGCACGAGCUGAGGCAAGCUGCUUUCAAACUGUACGCCUCACUGGGCUCCAACGACGAGGACAUCCGAAAGAAGAUCACAGAGACAGAGAACAUGAUGGACAGGAUAGUCAGUGGCCUAUCAGAAUCCAGCAUCAAAGUCCGCUUAGCAGCUGUCAGGUGUCUCCACAGUCUGUCGCGGUCGGUGCAACAACUGAGGACCAGUUUCCACGAUCACGCAGUGUGGAAACCUCUAAUGAAGCUGUUGCAGAAUGCUCCAGAUGAGGUCCUGGUUAUGGCCUCUUCUACACUAUGCAACCUGCUGCUGGAGUUCUCGCCCAGCAAAGAGCCCAUCCUGGAGUCUGGGGUGAUCGAGUUACUAUGCAGUCUGACCCAGAGUGACAGUCCUGCACUGAGGGUCAACGGGAUCUGGGCUCUCAUGAACAUGGCGUUCCAGGCGGAUCAGAAAGUGAAGGUUGAGAUUGUUCGGUCUCUAGGAACAGAGCAACUGUUCCGCCUGCUCUCGGACCCCGACACCAACGUGCUAAUGAAGACCCUCGGUCUGCUGCGAAAUCUGUUGUCAACACGCCCGCACAUCGACCAGAUCAUGAGUUCUCAUGGGAAGCAGAUCAUGCAGGCAGUCACCCUCAUCCUAGAAGGAGAGCACAGCAUAGAGGUCAAAGAACAGACUCUGUGCAUCCUAGCUAACAUCGCUGACGGCAACACAGCCAAGGAACUCAUCAUGACCAAUGACGACAUGCUCCAGAAAAUCAAAUACUACAUGGGGCAUUCAAACGUGAAGCUGCAGCUGGCUGCCACCUUCUGCAUCUCCAACCUGAUCUGGAAUGAGGAAGACGGUUCUCAGGAGCGCCAGGACAAGCUGAGGGAGAUGGGCUUUGUGGACAUCCUGCACAAACUCACCCAGGCCUCUGACCCCAACCUCAGUGACAGGGCAAAGACGGCGAUGCAGCAGUACCUAGCAUGACCACAGACGGGAGACACUCCCCAUUGCCAGCCUAACUAACAAUCGUGAGGAGGACACCUGCCAUUGGUUCUUUAAUUUCUUGUUAUGUUUAAUCUCAAGGUUUUAUUUUGUUGCACAAAGACACCUUUUUUUAAAAUGUGGCGGGCCUCCUUCACCUCCCCCCCUCAUGCCACCACCUGAACCCAGCCUCCCCAGCUCCUCUCACUCCAAACCUCAGCUUGGAGACUCUGAGACGAUGGUUGCUGUUUGGGAACCAACGGUUAGGAGGAGGUGUCUUGAGGGUUUCAGCUUUUGUUUUUGUUUUUUUUUUUUUUCCCGCCCCAAUACAAAGAUGAGGUGAUUUUUUUUUUUUUCGUCCCCUCUGGGACUUGUGAAUAUUUUUUUUUUUUUUUUGUGAAGUGCAGCAGCCUGACUAGCGCCACCCUGUGGCCGAGAGGCCUUGGUGCUUUUGGACUCCCGACAGCGGAGACUUGGGUCUCAGAGAACCGGACUGUGAGGUUUGACACAAGGGCAGGGCUGUGGGAGAGCAAAGCUUCCCAGUUUUAUUUUGUUAAUUAAUUAUUCAUUAAUGAAAUUACUAUUAAUAUUAUUGUUAUUUUAAGGCGUCACACAAAGGACACAUUUGGAAACAAAAAAAAUCAGACUGCUUAUUUUGAACUUUUUGGUGUUUUCUUUUUUUGUGGAUACAUACCUCGUAAAUAUAUAUAAAUAUAAACAUAUAAAUAUAUUUUUUGGAUUUUUAUCCCCCCCAACCCCUCUCUUUUCAUUCACUCUUUCUUUUAUCCUUGAUUCUUGGCACAGUCGGGUGAAUCUUCCACAGUGUGACGUGUGUAUGUAUUUGACUUGAACAUGGUCUGUAGAGGUGAAAAAAAUCAGCUGUCAUUUCUGUGUGCUUUUUUUCUCUACAUUUCUGGCUCUGUCAGCACUUAGUUCCUCUCCGUUUAAGAUCAGCGGCUAAUGGAAGCAUUGUAGCGCAACGGGACCCUGACACUUCUGUCGAGUAUCCUUAUAAUCCCAAUGGGAAAAUUGGUUCCCAAGCUAAUAGUGCGUACUCUGACCUGACCAUUUUAAAAUUAGCAGGGCUGAGUACAUGAAUGCACAUGAGCCGAACAUUGGAGAGAGAAGGAACAUGGGGUGCAUGCAUCCUAACACCUCUACAGACUAAAAUUUAAUGUCGAUUGCCUUUUCUGCAUUCUCUGCAUCCCCUGUGUCUGCUUGUCAAAAAGCAUAAGUGACAUUGCCUAAGCUCCUACUUUUCUCUCUUUUUCUUUAAUUUGUUUUGAGAAGCAGACAAGGACAGAGCGGAUGUAAGGAAUAAAGAAUGAUUGAGACUGGCCCCUGGAGGGUAAAGGCACUAAGUGGAUCUACCACAGCAGAAUGAAAUGCCUCAGUAUGUUUCAUCCCUCGGCCAUAUGAUUUCUUCUCAGAAUCUUUCUAGACUGUUGUCCCCUGACAUUUCAAACCUUACUGAAGCUCUGAUAGAAUGAAUGUUACCACUGAAAUAUAUGCAGACCUGAAGAAGGAC